AUGGAGAAGUUGAACACUGGGGAUGGACAGCUUUUUAUCAAGAAUGUCGCCAGCUUCGUUCGCACCCAUGAAAAGGCCCUCGCAAAUGCGCUACAACUCCGCCGCCAACCCAAAAAUGCCGUGACUCCCCAGUCCCCAAACGCCUCGGGCUCUGGCUCCUUCUCCUCUGCUCCUCUGAACUUAGCCGCCGCUUUUUUCAAAUUUACCUCGCAGAAUAGCAAAACCGCCAAAUUGACCCUGACCCCCCAUCACCUCUUCUACCUCCUCUCCAGCUUCGAGGACCUGGGCAUUACCGUGGGCCCUAUGAAUGUCAGACUGGAGAACAUCCACACCGAGGUUUCGCAGUCUUAUGUUUCCUUUUUGAAUAAACCACAAAGGUCUCGAGGCGAUGGCGCCUCGAUCCACUCCGUAUCCAGCGUGCGUAGCGUGAUGUCUGGUAUGACCGACCUCUGGUCAUCCUUCCGACUGGGAUCCAAGGACAGCCCUUCCAAGUCGGAAAAGGCAAAGGCUGCCUUGGAUAUGGAUCUGAAGUACCUUUAUUCCGCCUUCACUAAGAUUCCCUGCCUACGCCUUGCCCCGGACCACCGAGCUCCUUUGAUCAGUGGAUAUGAAGAAUUUCCUUUCGAUACGGCUGUGCCGCUGCAUUCUUUUAAGAACUUGAGCGCUUUAGAGAUUAUUGAUUUAGACUACCGUUCCUUUUACGGCUGGGACCGAUUGUCCGAGCAACUUCGCAGCUUGACAAUCAAGAGAGCGCACCUGGAUGAUCCCGCCGACCUGUUGACGAGGAUCGUAUUGGACGACAUUGAUAAGCGACGCCGACGAUCUGCCAAGUCUCAACAAUCACCGCCCUUGGGAUGGACCAACAGCUCCAGCACGCAACCCGUUCACACUUCCGAUCACUCUUCCCUCUCCGCGCCUGGGUCUCCUAUCGCGAACACUUCACUUGGAACUAGCUCCAGUCCUAAGUCCACCCCGAUGAUGCGAGCGGGAUCGGAAGGCGCCAAGAUUCGUACGAGAGCCGGAAGUAUCUCGCCCACUCGUCCUCCAAUCAAGCAUGGCCACCGUCGAGGCCAGUCCCAUCGCAUUAUUCGACGCACUGGCUCUGCGAGCUCGGAAUCUAGUGAGAUUUCAGCUGGCCAUCGCAAUGGAAGCUCCUCCAAUCUCCUUGCCGAUGUUCUAUCGCCCGCGAAAUGGCGAUUCCUGCGACACCUGGGGCUUCCCGAAAAUUCCCUGACCUCUGUCUCCGCCGCCAGUCUUGCCCCAGUCGCCAACUCUCUCAACUCGCUAGACCUGUCGUCGAACCUCUUGACCGAGAUUCCCGAUGGUCUGGCUUCCUUGAUGGCUCUGCGAGCUCUCAAUUUGUCCUAUUGCAUGAUUGAAUCGCUCCACUCGCUUACUCGGAACCCUCUCCCUGCUAUCACUGCUCUCAACCUCCGCGGAAACCGCCUUCGAUCACUUGCGGGUAUUGAACGAUUGCUUUCGUUGGAAAGAUUGGAUCUCCGUGACAACAACCUCACGGACCCGACAGAGAUCGCUCGGUUGACUAGUCUCCCUGAGAUACGGGAGAUCUGGGUCUCCGGCAAUCCCUUUGUCAAGACUCACUCUGGAUAUCGAAUCGUGAUCAUGAACCUGUUCCGCCGAACGCCUGGUUAUUCCGAGGACAUGAUCAUUGACGGCAGAGGGCCGGGUUAUACCGAGAGGAAGCAGCUCGCUGAGCGCGUAGCAGAACCUCAAGGUGCGCCCAUAAUGCGGCCUGCGCCUGCUGAUGAAUCAACGGUCGUGCAAAAGUCUACCAUCACUAUCAUUCCCCCAGAAACUGCAGUCCUCAAGCCGGUACAAGACGAGGGAGACUCGCGUGUGAACGGAGCGCCGAAAGAGAUUGAUGGUGCGACCAACCGCCGAAAGAAGACCCAGCGACGCAGGAUAGUUGACCACUCAGCGGAGAAUCCAUUCAUCACUGAUGGACUGGGGACCUCGGGAAGUACCGCUCUUCCCGUCCUUCCCAUUCAGCAUAUCCAAGCGCCGGUCGAUCAUUCCAUUGUGGUCCCCGUUGAACAGCCGUGGAGGCUGGAUAGCGGACCACAAUCCGGAUCAUCGAGCAUCCAAAGUCCUGUCAAGCCUAUGCACUCCCCAAACCCGGCACUAAAACACCCGGCACAAGGCAAAGAGAGGACUAUGGAUGAAGAGUUCUGUCAUCAGCACUUGGAAGUUCUCCGACAGGACGUCGGACAUAAUUGGCUUACUGUGCUCGGCGAAGGCGACUGGAAUAAUUCUCAUAAGGACUUUGCCCACAUCUCAGGAGUUGGUUUAGAUCAUUCUGCUCAUCUUUCCACUCCGCCACUUUCCCGCUCGAACACCCAAGCGAUCCUCAGUGGAGGCCAUGCCCUUAGCGGAUAA